UUCGUAAAUUUUGCACGUGGGUGGAUGGUUUUUAAAUACGUAUAUGCAUAGUGAUGUAAUUUUUUUAUUGUGACCACCAAAAAAUUCGUUUUUAUUUACGUGAUUCUUUUAGUUACCUACUUGUGCGGUCAAGUAACUAUCUUACUCGCCCUUAAAACUAAAUGUUAAUUCUUUAAUCGAUACCCUCAAAAGUAUUUAUAAUGAGUAGUGUUGCCAAGGUAAUGGGUUUGGUCGCUCACAAUGAGAGAAAAACUAACGGAAAAAACUAACCUAGCAUAAAGGACAAGAAGUCGUUGAAUCAAAAUCUCCCAGACAUGCCCCUCAACCGGUACGGAAACGGAUGGUGCUAGUUCGAAAGUGAAAAACGCGUCCUCGAAGAACCUAAGAUCGCGUCUGUCCUCGAUUUUGGCCGUGUCCUAUGAUUUUAACGCUCUGAAGCGCAUCAACGACAAAGUGAGGACCUCCAUCACCAAGAUGACGUCAGUCUCGGCGCACCGCGACAUGAAGUACCUCUCGAAGAGGGGCACCCAGAGCGACGUCAUGUCGACCAAAGACCCGAAGCUGGACGACAUCGAGAGUCUCUACGACCUCCUCCGCGACUCGGACAACCUCCUGAGUUUCACCAAGUUCUUCGGGUUCCUCAGAUCCUCGGGCAUCAUCGUGGAGAGGGAUGCCCGUUUCCGAGACUUACUCACGAACCUGAAAGUCCUAGUCGGGAGCCAGCAGGACUUCAACUUGGACCUGGUGUCCUUCCAGAACCUCCUGCCGGCCAAGAACGUGGAGUUGAUCGCUCGUGCGGCUCUCAACCAGUUGAUCGUGCCUAACUUCGAGGAAUUCAAGCAGCAGAUCGAAGCCAUCUACCUGGCCUGCAAGGACAGCAACCGCGGGAAAGUGGCCGACUAUAUUCCGCAGCUGGCCAAGAUGAACGGCGACUACUGGGGGGUGAGCGUCUGCUCUAUCGACGGGCAGCGUCACUCCUUCGGCGACUCCUCCAUCCCGUUCACCCUCCAAUCCUGCUCGAAGCCCUUCAUCUACGGCCUGGCCCUCGACCGUCUCGGCCCCGAGGUCGUGCACCGCUACGUCGGCUUCGAGCCGAGCGGCCGCAUCUUCAACAAACUCCUCCUCGGCGAGAACAACCUCCCGCACAACCCCAUGAUGAACUCCGGCGCCAUCAUGGUCUGCUCCCUCCUCCAGUCCCUCACCUACCAGAACCUCUCCCUCGCCGAGAAGUUCGACCUCAUGCUCAACUACUUCCGCUCCCUCUCCGGACUGGAGUACCUCGAGUUCUGCAACUCCGUCUACAUGUCCGAGUUCGAGACCGGCGACCGGAACUUCGCCCUGGCCCACUACAUGAAGGACAACAAGUGCUACCCGGAGAACUCCGACAUGAAGACCUCGCUUAACCUCUACUUCCAAGUGUGCUCUUUGGAGGUGACAGCCGAGAGCGGGGCAGUCAUGGCCGCCACCCUCGCCAACGCCGGGGAGUGUCCCAUCACGGGCGAGCAGGUCCUCAAGCCGGAGUCUGUGCGUGAUGUCUUGUCCGUCAUGCAGUCCAGCGGCAUGUACGACUACUCCGGGCGUUUCUCCUUCAGAGUCGGGCUGCCCGCCAAGUCGGGGGUCGGGGGUGGUGUCCUCUUGGUUAUACCCGGGGUCAUGGGCAUCUGCACGUUUUCACCCCUCCUCGAGGAACAAGGUAACAGCGCCAAAGGUCUGGACUUCGCCAAGCUCCUGGUGAAGAAAUUCGUUUUCCAUCCGUAUGACCACAUUCGGCUCCCGUCGAGUAGGAAGACGCCCCGGCAGAGGUCGCUGGUGACGCAGUGCUGCGGUGCGUGCCAGGUGCUCUACCCGGCCGCAAGCGGUGAUCUCCCGUUGCUCAAGCAGCUCUUCUCCAAAGGCUACGACCUCAACGUCGAGGACUACGAGUCCAGGACGGCCAUGCACUUGGCGGCGUCGCACGGGCACUUCAGUGUUGUCAAGUUUCUGUUGAAGCACUUCUACGAGAUGUCGUUGAAGCAGGACAGGAAUGGGCGUUACCCUAUCGACGAGGCCCGGCUCUGGAAGCAUAAAAUGGUGGAGGAUCUUCUGGCCAAUUAUAAACCUAGUAAAGUGGCAGCAGCGACCAAGUGAAGAGGAGUGCAACGUCGGCAAGUGGUAGACAUCAGUGAAAGGCUUUCGACGUUUUAAAUUUUUAGUUAUCAUCUUUUAAAGUUUGCGUCGGUUUGUAAAUAAAGUUGUGUUUGUCUCAGUCAAAAAA